AUGGCCGCCCCAAAGGUACCCCUCAGCCUCUUGAUGGUCGAGUUCACCAUCGCCCUCAUGGCCGUCAUCCUCUUUGGCCUCGCGUUCCCGGAUCGCUUCAGAUCUAGACUCUGGGAGAACGGCGGAGAGGAAGGAUGGAACUCGAACCCAAACAACAUCAUCUACUAUUACGCCAACCAUCGAGAGCCCCCCGAGUCCAACCUUGGCAUCGCUAUACUCGGCUUCUUCAUUUUUUUCGCCCGCGCACUGUUGUCUUAUUCCGGUUUCCUCUAUUGGUACAUCAGCGCAUUCUACGACAUCCUCCUCUUGUCGCUUUGGAGCCUGAGCCUCACGAACCAAGCUUCUAGCGACUUUUCCGACCCUGAACAUCCGAGCCCAACACCUUGGUACCUCACUCGCAACUGCUCCGUCGCCUGGGAUAAGAACCAAGGAUACUGCCGCAUCGCACAGGCGAGCUUUGCCGUGUCCAUCUUGGCGGCUGUCCUGUACGGGUCGAGAUUGCUGCGAGAGGCUAUGCUGGUGGCGUAUGAGAGAGGACGGAAGCACGAGCGACAGUUGUCGGUUCAAGAUUUCGAUGAAGAAAUGGGAAACAAAUACACGGAUAAUGAGCACAAGACUGCCAAGGGUUUGAUGGUUCUUAAGGAGAGCUGGCAGGACGUGGGUCUAGGCCCAGUGUUGGCGUUCCUUGAAUCGAACUAUGGUGGUUACUGGGGAAUAGGUCGUUAAGGAUCGGAUCGAUGAGGCGUUCAAGGAGUUUGAGGAUUGUAAGAGUUUACUGAUCACAUCAUAAGCAAACAUGGCAACAUGGGCAACAAAGGUUGCAUUUAUUCAUGACCAAUCUGUAUCUCGUGUGCCUUCAUCAUCAUCGAAACGAGUGGAUCCCAUCCCCAGUCGAUCUCACGCCGCCCAUCUCCAGAAACAAAAUAACCCUCAAGGUUCUCAUCGGCGCCGUAGUUUAUUUGUGCUUG